AUGCACGUUUGCACACUCCCUCAGUCCCCGGUGCACAUCGUCGGCGGGCAUCGCCGGUCAGCUUGGUAUCACAGUUUGCCGCGCUGGCGACCGAGCAAGGUCAUCUCUUUGAGACCCGCGACAUCUCCGGAGCAAGGCGUGCCUGAAAGAUCUCGGAAGGGCUCUCGGCGUUUUGAAUCGCAGACGAUGGCAUAUACACCUCAAAAUGGAGAUAGUCAGAGGUCAACAAGCUCCGAUGCGGAUGAAAAGCUGCUAGAGGAGAAGGCGUUCAUGGUGGAGGUAUCAGAGUUGGAGGUUAGACCACUGCUCGGUCACGACGACGAGUACCUCUCUCGGGCGUGUCUCCCGCGGAAGCGAUCUCUGAAGACACGCUUCCGGAUCCGACGUCUUUCGCGGUCGCGUAGUAACCACAACUCAGAGGGCAGACCUUUUGAGGAGGCGAAUGGUUCUUACUCUUCUACAAAGGACAAGAAGCAGUCGCUCGCUACCCGCAAAGCACAGGGCGAGGGCGCCUCCGGGAAUCAACGCGGCAGCUCUAUGAAUUGCAUGGCCUACCACAUCGCGGUCGGCCUAUCGUGGAGCAUGCCGGCUCCUUUCGAUAUGAUGCCCACGGGGUAUCCAACGAGGUUGUUCUGA